AUGACGAGCCCGCAGUCAACAUCCCCUCCGUCGUGCCAACACAAACAUGCCUGCUCGCUGUGCGCGCGGCGGAAGGUCAAAUGUGACAAAGCCGAACCCUGUUCGAACUGCGUCAAGUCGAAGGCGCAGUGUCUCUACGAAGUCCCUAUCCAGCCUCGGCCGCGCAAGAGGGCCGCCGACGAAGAACUGCUCGCUCGGUUGAGGACUUACGAGGAUCUGAUGCGGAAGCACGGCGUCGACUUCGCCAACUAUGCCCAUACAUGGAUCACUACGGGGCCGCAAGGCCAGGUGAAGCAGUGUGACUCUCCCGGCCCGGUCUCUGCGCCGACUGCGGCCGGGGAUGGUAGCCUACGGAUCCAGAUCGAGGACGAUUCUCCUGCAGAGACAGAACGAUGUCUUUGGGCAACUCUUCCUCCAGAGCUCAAGUACCCCCCCUUCCAGACGCUGAGCCGCAAGGAAGACGUCGCUCUGCAUCCCACGACGCCGAUGCAUCUGCUGUUCUCGGCCAGCCAACCCGAGUUGUCCCAGUUGCACCCGGAGCCACGGCAGAUCUACAAACUCUGGCAGAUAUUCGUCGAGGCGGCGAACCCGCUCCUGAAGAUAGUCCACGUGCCGACGCUGCAACAGCGGGUUCUGGACGCCAGCUGGAACCCUUCCGGUGCAUCGAAGCCUCUCACGGCCCUCUUGUUCGCCAUCUACACUCUGGCAGCCACGUCGACGUCGGAAGAGGACUGCUUAGCCGUCUUUGGCGAGACCAGGGCCGCCUUGUCGGCCCGGUACAGGGACGCCGCCUUUCGAGCCCUCGCCGAGGCCGAGUUCCUGACGACGCCAGACUUUGAGGUCCUGCAGGCGUUCGUGCUGUUCCUCUUCGCGGAUCCCGACUCGGAGCUUACGUCCACCCUCACCGGGGCCGCCAUCCGGAUCGGCCAGAAGCUCGGCCUGCACCGAGCCAAGCCGGACCCCAAGAUCUCCGUCUUUGACGGCGAGAUGCGCGUGCGGCUCUGGUGGCAGCUGCACGGCCUCGACGCCCGGGUGCGCGCCGCGGGCAAGCGGACGGCGCCGUCCGAAAGCGAGUUCGGCGACGUCCGGCUGCCGCUCAACGUCAACGACGCGGACCUGCACCCGGAGAUGACGGAGCUCCCCGUCGAGCACACGGGCCCGACGGAGAUGGUGUGCGUGCUGAUGAAGUUCGAGGUCUUCAACUGGGCCCGGACGUCCGCCACGGCCGUCAAGGUCUACGACUUGCUGGGCCACGGCGGCCCGGAAAAGGGAAUGAAGAGGAGGUCGACGGAGGGAGUGGAGGACGGGGCCAUCGACGAGCUCGAGGCGCGGUAUCACGAGAAGUUCCUGCGCCAUCUGGACAAGAACAUCCCCCUCCACGCGCUGACGUACGCCCUGACGAAGCUCGCCAUCGCGCGCAUGCGCUGCAAGGUCCUCAAGCGUAGACGAAUAGGCGGAGGCGUCGGCGGAGGCGUCAGCGGGGGCGGAGGGGAGCUGCUCAUGCCGCGGGCCGAGAACGACGUGCUCUUCCACUCCAUCGUCACCUGGCUCGAGUCGAGGGACGCGGCCAUGCGCAGCGCCUUUUCGCCGCACCUCAUCGCGCACAUGACGACAAAGUACACCGUGGACGCCUACGUCUACAUGAUCAGCGACCUCCGCCGGCGGUGCUCCGGGGAGCGCGUGGCGCUGGCCUGGAAGCUGGUCGAGAAGCUCUACGAGGAGCACCCGGAGCUGACGACGGAGGACGGGCGGCGGACCCCGUUCUUCGCCGCGCUGGGCGACAUGACGCUCGAUGCCUGGGAGGCGCGCAGGAAGGAGUUGGUCGACACGCAGGAGACCCGCGUGAGCGGCGCGUGGCCCCGGUUCAUCCACCUGCUAUGGGACCAGCGGAGGAACAAGGCGGUGUCUCAGGCUUCCCAGCAGCAGCAGCAGCAGCAGCAACAGCUGGCGGUUCCGGACUUCCAGAACCUUGGCACGAUGGGGCUGACGGACGACGGGGACCUGGACUGGGAGUAUUGGAAUGACUUUCUGCGGCUGUAG